AUGGAGCUCCAGACUCAUUUGGAUGCCCUGAUGUACAAAGUCUUUCCCACUAACCCCACAAGGCCAGCUCGGGCAUGGUUUAACUAUCUGACAAUAGGAAGCAUCAAAGGCUUCAUGGACCUGGCUAACGUCUUUAUCAAUAGGUUCAUUGUGGGAGUCUCGGCGAAGAGGAAAACGAGCUACCUGGAGAUAGUCUCGCAAAGAAGGAAUGAGUCUCUAAGAGAAUAUGUGGCCAGAUUCAACUCUGAGGCCCUGCAAAUCUUCAAGCUUGAUGAGGCAAGGGCAGUGGAAGCCAUGCAGGAUGAUGCCUUGACCACAAGCAGGUUCGCCAGGGAAGGAGGAGAUAGGGGAAAGGCAGUGGAGGACACACAACAGGAAAGGGUCGAGGUGCUUGUAGUUGUGCAAGAAAAAGAUUUUAUACAGUGGCCCAAACCCAUGAAAGCCGAGGCCAACCGAAGGGAUCCGGACAAGUACUGCCAGUAUCACCGAACUCAUGGCCAUGACACCAACGACUACUACCAGCUGAUAAAUGAGAUAGAAAAGCUCAUAAAAAUGGGGCACCUCAUGAACUUUGUAAAGAAACCGGAGGGGCAGAGACCUCAGCAAAAUGUGAUGGGGGAGAGGCCUCAUAGGCAGACGGGGGGAGUCGUAAAUAAUGGGUCCAAUGGGACAAUCAACAUGAUCGUGGGAGGAUCUGGAGGAAGAAUGAGCAGGAGUGGAGAAGGAAGCAGUGCUGAAGUCAUGCAAAUAGUAGAACACUCCCAUGUGACCAUCUAUUUCUCUUCAGAAGAUGCUCAUGGUAUCCAAAUGCACUGUCAACUGCUUUAA